AUGUCGCAAUUCGUCGAUAUAGACGAGUAUGAUUCCGGUUCUGUACGAGGCAACAACAAUCCUGCGCCUCGAUUGUCCCAGAACAAACCUCAGUUACUUGAAGCUAUGAUGCGAAACAUCCCCAAACUGAAGGAACUGAACUACUCACAGUGGAACAACAUGAUGUCCAACUCGAUCAAGAAAGCAAAACUUUGGGAAUAUGUCGAUGGAUCAAUCGAGGAACCUUCGGAACACGAUGCUAACAAGCUGGCCAUUUACUAUGACGAGGCUGGGGCGGUUAGAAACGCAAUUCUAGGAUCGCUUGAACCCGGGGCACGGAGAUACAUCGAAGACACACUGGAUCCUAAGGAUGCGUGGCUCGCACUUGAAAAAAAGUACCUUACCGCCGAAGCUGAAGCGGACGCGGAGAUUAUAGCCACUGAACAACGCCUCGCUAAUCUGAGACUUGAGGAAGGAGGCGAUGUAAUCGAGCACAUCGCCGAGUUCUGUCGUAUGCGAUGCCACCUAAGCGGCACUCGAUUCUCCCUUGAUGAUCAAGCAUGUAUUGGGAUGCUUUAUCGAUCCUUGCCGCCAAGCUAUCGUCAGUCCGUUUUAACAUCAGAGGGAACGGAGAUGAAGGACUUCAAUGCAUUGUGUGGCCGAUUAAACUAUUUGAGCCAGAAUCCGGAGCCAGAGCCUGCUACCGAUAGUCCCCCAGUAGAUGACCACACAAACUGGGGAGUUCCAGAGGACAUCAAGGCGUUUGGGUUGACCGGAGACAGGAACCCACAACUCGCCGAGCGGGCUGCUCUGACCUGUCGAGAUUGCCUGUUGGAGGGUCAUAAACCUGGGAGUACCGAGUGCCCGCAGUACGAAUGGAGGAGGGAGCUGUGGGGUGCAGAAGCAUGCAACGUUGGACCAGACAACUCAGGGAACAAAACUCCUGAGCAGCCCAUUACUGUCAAUACAAAACGAUUGAGCUAUGAGUUUUCGGAACCGGUAAAAGUUCUAUUGGAAUUCGAUGAGCUUGGUCUUAAGCCCGAAUUGAGACAAAGUUUAACUUCAUAUAGCUACUCCAGUAGAACCAUUGGCCGUCAGCAAUGCAUCAUCGUUCCUAUCGUUCAUGGUCGUAAUGUUCUUGCUCGAGCACCACCCCAAUCAGGCAAAACGACUGCACUCGUUAUGUCCAUUAUUCAGAUGAUUGAUACUACCCUCCGCCAUCCCCAGGUCAUUGUUUUUACUUCAACCGACAAAGCAACCACUGCCUUCCAAGAAACCAUUAGAAGGCUUGGCUACACCAUCCAAUGCUACGCUGCCCAAUCUUCAACUAGCUAUGGUCUUUCUGUAACAGAUACCACUUCGCUUACUAACAUAAAUGCCCACCAUCUCUUUGUGGGUACCCCAAACAAUCUACUGGGUAUGAUCCGCCGAAAUAUCAUAACCAUGCGCAAGAUCAGGACUGUAGUCUUGGAUGACAUUGAUAAAAUCAUCGAAGCGACUAUGGGAGACAAAAUUCUCGAAGUAUACCGAUAUAUUCCACCCCUUGUACAAGUUGUAGCCUCGACCACAGUUUUAUCUUCGUCCGUGGCAAAAGUGGCCGCCAAACUACAAGUCGAUCCUCUCCAGAUCUUGGUCGAUCGUGAUGAAGGGGUAUCGAUUGGAACCCACUUCUACAUCACAGUCUCUGCAGAGCAAAGGGCAUCUGCUAUGAACACCAUGUUUUUGGCCCUUGGACAAUAUGGGCUUAUUAUUUUAUGUCGCGAUCUCGCUCAGAUUAGCGGGUAUGACUGGGGUCAAUCGUAUCAAUUUUAUUAUAUGCGCGAGCAAAUGGAGCAUGAAGAGCGCCAGAGUGUGGUAAAAAGCUUUGAAUCUAAAAUAAACGAGAUAAACUCCCGCAAUUCAAAUCGAGGGUACUCCUAUGCAGCCCAGCCAAAGAAACUUGAUCCGGUGGUAUAUGCCGGCUUAGUUGCUACUGAUGCAGGCUUGUCUGCCAUCCGAUCAUUAAAGCUUAAUUAUAGCUACGGCACUGCUAUCAUUAAUUAUGAAAUUCCUCACAAUACCGAGGAGUACGUUAAACGACUUAAUCAGUGGCGCGUAGCUACAGGGAGAAAUUAUACAAUUGUUACAUUUAUCACCGUUGACACGGACGAAAUCAAUAUAAUCCAAGAUCUGGAGCGCCGUUAUGGAGUUCACGUUGCUGAGUUAUUAUGGAGUGGAGGGCAAAUUUAUUGA